AUGAGACAUCAAUUCAGUCUGAAUUUAUCUAUUAUUCAUAACGCAUUGCGGAACAGUGUGGAUGAUCGCAUCCACAUGAUUAUGCGUGAUAAUGGAGCAAUAUCUUGAUUUAUUUGUGAUGUUUUUAUUUUAGUUCAAAGUGCAUAGUGCCUCCAUUAGAACAACACAUUUUUAGAUAUUUUGGCAAGUGAAUAAAAGUCUGCUAAUAGUGAAAAAUGAAAUAUUGCGCCAUCUAUUUUAUUUUAUACUUUGCCAAGAUUCUAAAUGUGGCUACAAUCGAAGAUAGCCGACACUGGCAUUGGUUAGCGAAUAAAGAACUGGAAGAAUCUCUUUCGUACCAUUGGAACGUAAAAAAGGCGAAAAAUGUAAUUCUCUUUGUGGGAGAUGGGAUGAGCCCGGAUACCAUAACGGCUAGCAGAAUUUAUCGUGGUGGUGAGACCAGUCGACUUGCCUGGGAACGUUUUCCCCAUAUCGGGAUAUUGAAGACUUAUAGCACGAAUGAACUGAUCCCUGACUCGGCUUCCACCGCCACCGCUCUCUUCGGGGGAGUCAAGACGAACUACGAAGUCGUAGGCAUGGACGCAAACGUACAAUUAGGAGAUUGUACAGCAAGCUUAAAUGCCGAUUAUCAUGUAGAUUCGUUUUUAGCAUGGGCUCAAGCAGCUGGUAAAGCUACAGGCUUCGUGACGACUACCAGAGUUACUCAUGCGACUCCGGCGCCCCUUUAUGCGCACUGCGCAAAUCGCAGAUGGGAAUGCGAGUCGAAAAUGCCUAAAAAUGCUACUGCCUGCAAAGAUAUCGCCAGGCAAUUAGUGGAGAAUGAGCCAGGGAAAAACAUUCGAGUGAUUAUGGGUGGUGGCAGACAGGUGAUGAAAUCAAACGUGAGCGCGGGUGAAUUCGACCCGAUAGAUACGUGGGCGUGCUACAGACAGGACGGUCGUGAUCUCAUUGAUGAGUGGAUGAGAGAUAAGUCCGACAGAAAUUUAGCUUAUGAAGUUGUGCAAAACAAUGAAGAACUGUCCCGGGUCAAUAUUGAAAACGUAGAUUAUCUGCUCGGUAUUUUCGCCAACAGUCACAUCGAGAUGGACUGGAAACGAGAGCGUGGCCCGAAGGGCCAGCCGAGCCUGGAAGAAAUGACCGUGACGGCUUUACAAAUUUUGCAAAAAUCCAAAGAGGGAUAUUUUUUAAUGGUCGAAGGAGGUCUGAUCGACUUCGGUCAUCAUCGCGGCCAUGCCGCUCAAGCGCUGCUGGAAACUGUCCGACUUUCGGACGCUGUUAAUGCAACCCUUAGAAUGAUCAAUUCCGACGACACCCUCGUGAUAGUCACGAGCGAUCACACGCAUUCGAUGAACAUCAACGGGUACAGUCCUCGAGGUUCGUCCAUUCUAGGAAUCGGUAAGAAAUCUAAGUACGACGGGAUAGCCUACACGACGUUAUCCUAUACCACGGGUGGACCAAACAAUGUCGCUUACACCGUGGACGACGGUCAGGCCAAGAGAAUUGAUCCUUCCAAAUCGAAUACCAGUGAUUUUACUUAUAGCCAACAAGCCACUAUCAUAUCAGAUGAAGCUCACCACGGUGGUGGAGACGUGACUGUGUAUGCUAUAGGACCAUAUGCGCAUCUCUUCCACAGCGUACACGAACAGAACUACGUAGCACACGUCAUCGCAUAUGCCGCGGGUGUCGGCAAGUAUUCCAACAGCGCGGGAACGUUGCACAACUUUAUGAACGUAUCUUUUUUAUACGCUAGUCUAAUCUCUGUUAGCCUAUUAACCCUUAAUUGCUGGCGUGUUUUUUAAUAGCAUAAACGCUGGCGUAGGUUUUGGAGACGUAAAGUUGUGUAAGCAGAUAUUGCGCAUGAUGAGUAUAUAAAAAAAAUUUUACUUAUGCAAUCAUUAUUUAGACUAUUGAUAUUAUAUUAAGGGUAUAAAAAACAUGUUUGAAUAAAUGUGAUUUAUUUUUUUGUUUAAUAAAAUUGUUAUGACAAAGCAAACACGUAUCAGUAUGACUUCUUUGGCAUAGGCUAUUUAUAUGAAGAAUCACAAAAUGUUUGAAUGAAAUAUUGACUGAGAUAAUAACAAAAACACUUUUUCUAAAAUAUUAUUUGGAAUUGUCAACAAUGGUAAAGUUUUUCAUCACUUUUAAGUAAUAAUUAUUGCACGUAGGUUUGGAGCACUGUGAGCACACAGGUUUCUGACAGGUACAACGUAGAUAAACCGUUUUUUCUUAAAACAAAUGUGACAAUUUUUUUUGUGUUUCCAGUUUUUCAUUCGCAGAUUGCGAUAGUUCGGGAAGUGGUGUUGUUACUCGAAGAACGCGCUUGAUCCCACGAUAAGAUCCCUAACCCCUAUUCAAAGCUGUGGCACAAUUAUUUCUCGCUCGAAUUUUUAGCCACUAAAAUGGACAACUCGGUUCUUUGUCGCUUACAAAAUUUUUACGAUGUCGGAAAAGAAUUAUUGUUAUUUUGAGUUAAAAUCUGAAAUCAAAAAAUAAGUUAUACAAAAAAAAACUUACGCUACAUUGGAGAUACGUCUCACGGACGUAAGGCGUUAAAUAUAAUCUAUUUUGUACUGUACGCCGCACGUCCGCUCUCCAUCGCAACUCACGCAUGACCGAAUCCUACGCCAGUAGUUAAGGGUUAAUCUUAUAAAUAAAUCAGCCAAUAUUAAUGAAA